ACACACAAACUCCAUAGAAUCACACACACAGAAAAUAAAAAAAAUAAAAAACCCACACAAAUACCAUAAAACAAAAUAAAUAAUAUUCACGAAACGUACAAAAACAGUUUAAACAUACCUAAGAAACAAUACCCACUCCUCUUGUUCAGAUCCGUAUGAAGCAUUUUUAGAUCCUUAAGCCACCAAAAGAACACAUAGACUCGCAUAACAGAAAUGGAUAGCUCUGCCAAUGAGUAUUUGCCGUUGUUUCAGGAUGUCUUUGAAAUACUGAACAAGGAGGGCGAUGGCAGUAUUACUACCAAAGAACUGGGCACUGUAAUACGGGCUCUUGGUCGGCAACCUUCGGAUGCCGAGUUGCAGGACAUGAUAAAUGAAGUGGACGCCGAUGGCAAUGGUUCGAUAGAGUUUCCGGAGUUCUGCAAAUUGCUUGAGACUAAAUUAACGGAUCUCGACAAAGAGGAUGAAUUACGCGAAGCGUUCCGCAUCUACGAUAAGGAUAACAAUGGCUACAUUGGACUCUCAGAAAUUCGCACAGUGAUGACGGCAUUGGGUGAGAAGAUGUCCGAUGAGGAAAUUGAUGAUCUGAUUCGCGAAGCGGAUCUUGAUCAGGAUGGCCGAAUCAGUUUCGAUGAGUUCGUUAAUAUGAUGACUUCGGGAGAAAGUAAACUCAAACAUAAAGGAACUCCACUUUUAUUUUCUCCACAAACUCAAAAAAAAUUAAAACACAAAAUGGAAUGGACCGAAGACCAAGUGCAGGAAUUUAGAGACGCUUUCUCAGUUUUCGAUCGGGGUGGUACUGGGACUAUUACCUCGACUGAGUUGGGCUCCGUAAUGCGCAACCUUGGACAAAAUCCAACUGAAGCGGAGCUUUACGAUUUGAUUGAUGAAAUAGACGUUGAUGGGAAUGGAGAAAUUGAUUUUAUGGAAUUUAUUCAGGCCAUGGCAAAUCGCAUGCAGGCAUUGAACUCCGAAGAGGAGCUGAAGGAGGCUUUCAAGGUGUUUGAUCGAGAUGACGAUGGAUACAUCUCACAAACGGAAUUGCGAUCCGUUAUGAUGAAUUUAGGCGAACGUUUCUCCGAUGAGGAAUUUGAUGAAAUGAUGAAGGAAAUCGAUUUGGAUAACGACGGUAAAAUAAGCUUUACGGAAUUUGUUAACGCCAUGAAAUAUUAAAACAAGCGAACUUCAAUUCGAGCUGUUCGAAGAAGAGUUUGGCAUUUCUAUUUUGUUCGGAAUGCCAGAAUGCCUUUCUUGGCGAAUCUUUAUUUGGAAUGUCAAAGAAUAAAAAAAUAAAAAUAAAAUUCAAGUUAA